AUGUGCCUUUUAUGCAACAAAGUUUUGGGCAGUGACGCUAUGAAACCAUCUAAACUGCAAGAUCAUCUGAGAAGAUGCCACCCUGAUAAAACAGAGAAAGAUUUGAAAUACUUUCAAACACUCAAAGAUAAAUUUCAGAAGAGACCUACACUGGACAGAAUGUUCGCUUCGACGUCACAAAGAAAUGAUGAUGGUUUGCGGGCGUCUUACAAUAUCUCGUUACUUACAGCAAAAUCCGGAAAACCGCAUACUAUCGGAGAUAAGUUAAUUUUGCCAGCCGUUGAAGAGGUUUUAAAACCUGUUUUACACAAACCUGCAUCUGAUAUCAUUAAAAGAAUUCCAUUAAGCAACAAUACUGUUGAAAGACGUAUUGAUGAAAUGAGUUCUGAUAUUGAAAACUUCUUAUGUAAUUAUUUGCAAACGACCCAUUUCUCUUUACAACUGGACGAGUCAACUUUACCUGAUAAUGCAGCAUUAUUAUUGGCAUAUGUUCGUUUUAUUAUGAAUCAAGAAAUCUACGAGGAACUGCUCUUCGCAAGAACUUUGAUAACCGACACUAAAGGUGAAUCAAUAUUUCAUGUUUUGAAGGAUUACUUCAUUGAAAAAGCAAUUCCUUUAUCAAAUAUAAUAUCAGUAGCUACAGAUGGAACACCUGCCAUGGUAGCGUGGAUUUAUAAGCCAUUUAAAACAAAAUGUGUCAGGGGUGUUAGCAAUACAUUGCGUCAUCCAUCGACAACAUUUAGUUGCUAA